AAGCAAUGACUUACCUGAUCUGCUUUCAGUUUGAAUAAGGUAUAAAAGCAAAAUGGAUGAAGACGAAACUUUACAAAGUGAACCAGAGGCAGCGAAAGUCAAAACUCCUGAACUCGGCCGCCGGGUAUCAGUUAGCGAGUUCCUUUGUCACUGCUGUUACGACAUUCUGGUCAAUCCCACCACCUUGAACUGUGGCCAUAGUUUCUGUAGACAUUGCCUAGCGUUGUGGUGGGUGUCCUCCAAGAAGAAUGAAUGUCCAGAAUGCAGAGAAAAAUGGGAAGGAUUCCCCAAAGUCAACAUUGUCCUCAGGGAUGUUAUUGAAAAGCUAUUUUCUGAUGCCAUUGAACAAAGAAAAGAAGAUAUUCAACAAAACAGUGAUGUAGCACGCAGUUUAGCAACCUUCCAAAAAUACGGGAAUGACCAGAUUCCUACAGCUCCAAACAUAAGAAGAAUUAAUCCUCGAGGAGGAGGAUUUUUCUCAGGCGUUCUGACAGCUUUAACUUGUGUAGCAGUAGUUCUGCUUGGGUAUCACUGGAGUAGCAGAGAAUUUGAAGAUGAUCUUCUUGUCCAAAAGCCUGUUGCUAAAUGGACUGCUGAAGACGUGAUCCUUUGGCUAGAGCAGCUCGGCCCAUGGGCAUCACUUUAUAAAGAAAGAUUUUUGCGUGAGAAAGUCAAUGGAAGGCUACUUCUAACCCUGGCAGAGGAAGACUUCUCAAAAGAGCCUUACAAUAUAGAGAACAAUAAUCACCGAAAAGCGAUUAUGUCAGAAUUGGAAUGUGUCAAAACUUUGGGGGUUAAACCUCCACAGAACCUUUGGGAAUAUAAGGCAGUAAAUCCUGGAAAAUCACUCUUUCUUCUAUAUGCGCUGAAGAGCUCUCCGAGACUCAGUAUGUUAUACCUGUAUUUGUUUGAUUAUGCAGAAACCUUUUUACCUUUCAUCCACACAAUUUGUCCUAUGCAAGAAGAUGAAUAUGAAGAUAUUGUCACAAAACUACUAGACCUUAAAGACCCUACAUGGAAACAAUGGAGAGAAUUCGUUGUAAAGUAUUUAUUUUUGCCAUACCAGCUGAUAGCUGAAUUUGCUUGGGACUGGUUGGAGGUGCACUACUGGACAUCAAGAUUUAUCAUAGUAAAUGCCAUGUUGCUUUCUGUUCUGGAAUUACUCUCUUUUUGGAGACUAUGGUCAAGAAGAGAAUUGAAGACUAUUCCUCACAGAAUGUGGAGGCAUUUCUGGAAAUUCUCAACCCAGGGUCUUUUUGUUGCCAUUUUUUGGCCUUUUAUUCCUCAGUUUGUCUGCAACUGUUUAUUUUACUGGGCCUUGUACUUUAACCCAAUUAUAAAUAUUGAUCUUGUGGUUAAAGAAGUGAGGCGACUGGAAACACAAGUGCAAUAACUGGCAUUGGAACUAUUAAGGUGUUUAAUUUCUAAAAACUGGUAUUUGAUUUGCUGCUUUUCUUUAUAUACGUAGUAGUGA